AAUCCACUCGUGCUCUGUGGCGCUGUGGACUGAUCCACAGCAGAGCAGGAGCUGAGCAGGCAGUUGUAUCACAACGGCAGCGUUUAUCCUGUUACCGGAGGACGACUGUGCCAGGUCCCUGAAGGUUCCGGCUGCUGCGCAGAGUCCCGUCAACUGAGUCCGAGGAGAGCUCUCCGGUGGCGCAUUCCUGGGGGAAAAAAAAAAAAAAAAGAAAGAAAAAAACAACCAACAAAAUAUAGAAUAUUGUUUUUAGAAAAGGAGAAAAGAUCUUUCAUCUAAAACAACACCACCUGCGUUUUUUUUAUUUAUUUAUUUUUUUUUAAGUCGGCUACGUGAACCUGUUUUUCCCAGAGACGCACAAAAGACGCACUCUCAAGUCCGCCUGGAUAGCUGGCAGAGGCGUCCGGUCCGAGAGGUGCAGCGGGGAGACGGAGCGGAGACACGCGGAAGACAGGAUGAUUCUCAAGAGUAAUUUAAUUUUCACCCUCUACACUAUUUAUGGGAUUCUUCUCAAAGGUAUCAGCGGUCAGUACCCCCUGGUUACGAAUGUGACCGUCACCGAGGGCGCGACGGCGAACUUGACCUGCCGUGUGGAGUACAAUGACAACACCUCCCUCCAGUGGUCAAACCCGGCACAGCAGACCCUCUUUUUUGGGGACAAGAAAGCUUUAAGGGACAACCGGAUUGAGCUCGUGCGUGCAUCGUGGUCGGAGCUGACCAUCAGCAUCAGUGACGUGUCGCUGUCUGACGAGGGCAUGUACACCUGCUCGCUCUUCACCAUGCCCGUCAGAACAGCCAAAGCCUACCUGACUGUCCUGGGUGUGCCAGAGAAGCCGGAGAUCGAUGGCCUCACCAAGCCCGCCAUCGAGGGAGACCACAUCACGCUGACCUGCAUCACUCAGGGCAGCAAGCCUGCCGCUGACCUGCGCUGGUUCAGGAACGAAAAGGAGGUCAAAGGUGCCAAAGAGGUGAAUGCAAGUGGGAAGACAUUUACAGUACGGAGCUCCCUGCAGCUGCACGUGGGCAGAAAUGAUGAUGGAGUGGCCUACACCUGCAGAGUGGACCAUGUGGCACUCACACAGGCACCGCAGCAGGCAACUGAAGUACUGGAGGUCCACUAUGCUCCACAAGUGGAAAUAAUCCACUCCCGGGCAGUCCCACAGGAGGGUCAGUACCUAAAGCUGGAGUGUGUGUCCAAAGGAAACCCUUCGCCGGAUCCUGUGAUGUGGACAAAGGAUGGGGGUGAACUUCCCGACCUGGACAGGAUGAUCGUAGAAGGGCGGGAACUCACCUUUACUUCACUCAACAAGACAGACAAUGGCACCUACCGCUGCGAAGCCACCAACCACCUAGGGACAAGCAGCGCUGAAUACGUCCUCUACGUCUACGACGUCCCCACCACCCCGCCUCCAUCCACCACUCCCCCCCUACAUCCCAUCCCUCCAGAUUCCACCGCUCUAUUAGGCACCCACGCCUCAGACCCCACAGUCACUGGCAACAGAGAUCCCAACGCUGUGGGGCAGCACGGCACUGACCAUGCCUUGAUCGGAGGAGUGGUGGCUGUAGUGGUCUUUGUCACCUUGUGUUUAAUCAUUGUUCUGGGAAGAUACCUGGCCAGGCAUAAAGGAACGUACUUGACAAAUGAGGCCAAAGGAGCGGACGAUGCGCCCGACGCCGACACAGCCAUCAUCAACGCUGAGGGCAACCACGCGCACGCGGAGGAAAAGAAAGAAUACUUCAUUUAGACUGCAGAGGGAGCUGUGCAGCUCUCUCCUUUCUCCAUUCUCUCUUUCGGUCGCUCUGUCUCUUAUUCUCUCGUUCCGUCUCCCACUUUUCUUCUUCACCUCUGACCACUGCUGCCGUUGUGUCGACAGGAUGCCCCCGCAGGCAGCCCACACACACACACACACACACACACACAGAAGCUCCCCAUGUGUGUUCCUCCUCUCUCCCUUCACUGGGUCCAUCUCUUAUCGUUUGCAUCGUGUCUUUUAUUUUUUCCUGUAUUUGGAUAUUUCUUUAUUUUCAGCAGAUGUUUUCAGACAGCUUGCCGCUGCUGUUGCCCUUUCACACUUUGUUUUUGUUUCUUUUUUUUUUUGUUCUCAUCUUUUGACAUGAACACAUGAAAAUUUGUACCACUUCUCCCCCUGACCCUGUCCCCUUCGCCCCCCUUUUCUCCUGUUUCCCGCGAAGCAGACACCAAUCACACGUCGAAUUUCCCUUUGUUCACACACGUCCACAAACACACAUAUCAUAUCUCACAUCAACACGGUGCCUAAAAAUACAGACGCCAUUGAACUUCUGUCAAUGCCUUCAUGUAUCGUCUGUCGGUAGCAAUGUAAAUGCUUUGUAGGUGGUUAACUGGACCAUCAUCUCAUUGCUUAGCUCACAGCUUUUGAUUAUGAUUAUGCAUUGCGUUUUCUUUUUUAUUCUUAUUAUUUGAAUGAGGAUAUGUGCUGUUUACGCCUUAUACAUGUCUAUCACACUGAAUAUGGUACUUCUAGACGAUCCACCUCUCCCGACCCCCGUCCCCCCCCCCCCCCCCCCCCCCCCCCCCCAAACAGACUUGUAAUUAAAUGGUCGACCCUUGUAAGAUAAGACGAAGGUUUUGUGUAACACUGUAGCAAGGUCUGUCAGAUAAGUGUAUAAUAUGAGUUUCAUUCUUAGGGUAGGAGUAAUUAAAGGGUAGUGUGGUUUUGUUUAGAGCAGAGAGUACACACCAAAAAUACGCGAAAGAUGCUACGAGAAGCGUUCCAUAACAGGCUCAAUCAAGUAUUUAAAAGACCAUUAAUCGCUGAAUCUGCUGUCCACGUGUACUUUUAUCUGUAUAUUCCUGCACUGUUCGGGCUGCAGUUUAGCAAAACGCCAACACCAUCCGUGUCAUCUGGACAGCUGUCAGUAGUUUGUGAUUCACACAAAGGGUCCGGUUGUACAGGAAGAGUUGUUCUCCUCUCUCUAGAAGCUGUAAAAUAAAAAAAAAAAUUGUAUUGAAAUGAGUUUAGCUUUUCACUUUGAAGAAUUUUUCCUUAUGUUCAUGUCACAUGAAAGUAAUGUUAGGGCUUAAGGACCCCAUGAAAUGUAAAAGAAACCAUUAGGUAUUAAAACCAAAAUGCAAUUAAAGGAAAUACGUUGGAAGUUUUGGAGUUUGUAAAUAGCUUCCCGUAAUUGUCUUUGCUCAUUUUCACACCUCGGUCGAGGUACAGGCAGCUUCCUACGAUUACUGGUUCAUUGGUAAGCAUUCAGUGAAAUUAUUUUUUCAGCAAACAAACAAACAAGUCGAACUGCAGGCCCACUUUGUAUUCGUUUUGCCACUUCCGGAUCGAAGCUCAACUGCUUUCUAGAAACUGCUCUGCUACUAUCACCAACAAGCCGUGCUUCUUUUUUUUUUUAAUUCUUUUUUAUUUCACUCCCUGAAAGUUUUAACUUUGAUUUUCAUUUCAUGGGGUCUUCGGGCAAGAAAAAAUUAAAAAAAAACAAAAAAAAAAGAAAAUAGUCGAAGAGCUGGUGUGAGUGCUGGGUCAUAUAUAUAUGCAGGGGCCUCCUUUCCAAACCUUAAAACUGAAGAUAAAGCAAGAAGCACAAAAAUGUCUGAAUGAGUUACUGUGUUCUUUUGCCAACAAACAGACUGCCUUGAGGAAAAUGGAACCAAGAAGAUGACAAGGCUUUCUCUGAUUCAAUUCUGAAUUUAAAAUCAAAAUGGGAAAAAAAAGACAAAAAAACGCAGUGCAUCUUUUUUGAAAAAUGUAAGCAAAAUCAUGUUUUUAUAUUUAAAAAAAAAAAAGUUUUUAAUUUUUUGGUUUAAAUGCUCCCUGCUGUAUAUUGUGUCUGCUAAAAUGUGGUUGACUGUGAAAAUUGCUGUUAAAUUCUGGAUUUCUGUAUUUCUUCAAAUUUGUAUAUUAGCCACCUUACCUGUUUCCUUUUUUUUUUUUCUUCUUUUUCUUUUUCAUCACGUAACCCUUAUUGGAAAACUUUUAAACAACUGUAUUUUUGUUUUGGCACAAGGCAUGUAUAUAAUGUGUGACAACUAAAUUUUGGUAAUACACAUU